UGGCAUUAAAUUCACAAAUUUCACUGGUCUCUAUCAUAUUGGGUAGGAUUGCCCCCACAGAGAGAGCGGAAGCUAAUUAGAUCCUAAAAAAUCUGGCGUAUAGAUGGAGAAGAAGAGCUCUACCCCAGAAAGAUUCAAUCAUAAUCUCAGAAACCUCCCCAAAUCCCAGAUUUACAAGCCCAAAAAUGAACCAUUCGAGAAAGUGAUUAAGCCAAGCCCAAAAGAGGGAACAAGAUCUGAUGAAGCGUCAAAGAAAGCAGAUUCAUCUGGCACCAUCCAAAGUCAAACAGAGGGUUUUUUGAAGGUGGAGCACAACACCAACACCAUCACCAGACAAGGUACUCCGGAAAGGGUAUCAUCGAAAUCCCUUCUGUAUGAGAUCUGUGCUACAAACUAUUGGAACCCCCCGGUCUUUGAAUGCUGCAAAGAGGAAGGACCAGACCACAUGAAAUUGUUCACUUUCAAGGUCACAGUUGAGAUAACAGAACCCUCAGUUACGGUUUUGGAGUGCUUUGGCGCCCCUCAGUCGAAGAAGAAAAUGGCAGCUGAGCAUGCAGCUGAGGGGGCACUGUGGUGCUUAAAGAAUUUAGGCUUUUGAUUGAUUAAUGACUUGGAUCAGUACAUAAUUACUAAUUCACUGCUUUUGCUUCCUUAAUUUCUGCUUAUGUUGUAUUUCUUUAUGUAACCAUGGUUGUUCAAGGAUAUUUAUCAGCAAUCUUUGUUCUUGUUGCCCGAACAUGGUUAAAAACUUAUGUUCUAACGGAUGGAAAUAGACCGUAAGCUAAUCUCUGACUCUUUAUGGCAAUUGAAUUGCUCUUGUUUCGUAUAAAAUAUGUGUUAUGCUUGAUUUAGAAAGUUGUCUUCCAAUUGCAUAAUUGAAACAAGAACCAUAUGUUUGCUGUUGAAGUGUGUGGUUUGCCUCUAAGAAUCAUCCAUUGCCAUCGAAGGCCAUUCGGGACAAAAAGGGACAUUGGAUGGAACAUGCAUUCUUAUGGUAAAUGUCAGCCAUGUUGAAGCUGUUUUGGCUGCUCACACCAAUAAUUCUGAAGGACAAGGAACCUCUCCAGCCAGAUAUCUUCCUGGACUCGGUAGACUUCAAUCAUGUGGUCCAGUUUCAGCCACGUCAUUAUCUGCCUAUUCACACGAGGAUAAGUUUUAUUCUUUUGUACAAAGUAAUUGCUCUAUGACUCGAACAUGUAUUUUAUGUUUAAUCCAAGUUUAUACCAUUGUACUUGACACUUUUUUCAA